UGAUUCGUUGAACUUGUUUACAUCGUACAAUUAUCUAGAUCUACUGCUGUUCUGAACUUUAUAACAGGGAGAGAUCAUAUAAACAUCUCUCCUGCUAAUUCAGGUUUUUGACGUAUAUUAGCGCUGUGCUGUUGCUGCCAAUAUUCAUAAGAAACUGUUGCCUUAUUAAUAUAAACGAACAGAGAAUUACGCCCGAGGGGCAAGAUUGUUGAAUUAGCAGCCGAGCCACCGCCUCUCCGCCGUCUCGCCGACUACCGUGGACGCCGGACCUCCUCCGUGUACACGUUUGCAACCACCGCCUUGUACCCUCUCUGUUAUUAACACUGAUUUGACAAAAUGAAGGCGACCCGUUUCAUUUGUUUCACAAUUCUCCUUUCCUUCUGCGCCAUGAGUGCACACAUCGUUUUCGCUCAAGAAGAUGAUGAAGAAGGAACUGUGCCUCUUAGAAGAGGACCUAGGAAAGGAUUUGAAAAACAAGAAGAUUUUGAGGACGAAUACGUGUCCGAAGAGGAGGAGGAGGAGGAGGAGGAAGAAGAAGAGGAGGAAGAGCCUCCUAUGCCAGCUGGUGACAGUCUUGGAACCAUCAACUUCUCAACUCCAGAUCUUGAUGAUGAAGACUACCACUCUCCUCAUCUACCCUCGUCAAUGAAAUGUGAUGCCUGCCAUAUUCUUUCUCACAUGAUGGUAGAACGUCUGGACAGAGCAAAUGACAAACGGCCAUCUUUGAAGAAGAAACUUCCAGAAUCUGACAUCAUCGAUAUCUUUGAAGAGAUAUGCUCUAAUGAGUUUAACAAUAUUGGAGUGAAGGAGAUCAACGGUAAGAAGCGUCUGUCUGGUCCAGGAUCCAAGAUCCAGGAUACUCCUGGUAUCAUGCAAGGUGGUGGAAAGUGGCCUUUCAGGAUGUUACAGAUGUGUCAGGGUUACCUGGGUGACUUUGACGAGGAUGAGCUUUACGGAUUCUAUCUGAGCGGAAAACUUGAUAAGAAACUCUGUUAUGGACGAAAUGGGGUCUGCUCAAAGAAUAAGAAGAAGAAGGAUGAAGGAAAGAAGAAGGGUAAAGGUAAAGGUAAAGACAAGAAGGCGAAGCCACAGAAGAAGAAGAGGAAGUCCAAGAUGGAGUUAUAGUGCCUUUUCCGAUAAAAGAAUUCACGCUCAUCUCAUCUUGAGAUGGUGACCCACCUUAUGAAAUGCCCUUGAUGCAAAUACAACAAAUUAAAGGCUUGUUCAAGUAUUACGAAGUAAACCGCUACAAAAAAAGAAACCACGAUUUUUGUUAGCGUGUAAAAUGAAUGGCAA